GAUUCCGUGUCCGAAUUCAACAAAAAGAAAAGAAUACUUAUAUUGGCACUUUUAACUUCAUCAGCUGUGACACUCCUCUUUGUAGCGGCAUAUGCCUGUCGAAAGCUAAAGAAACAAACACACAUGAAAAGACGAGGAAAGUGGUAUGGGCAUGUUCAAAAGGAUAAAAGUCUGCAGAUGGAACAACUUGAUGAUUUACAGUGUUUUAGCAUAUAUGAGAUAACAAGAGCAACAGGUAACUUCAGUGUCUCCAAUAAGAUUGGUGAAGGAGGCUUUGGUCCUGUUUACAAGGGUGUGUUGGAAGAUGGAAGAGAAAUAGCAGUGAAGCGGCUUUCAGAAACAUCCCAACAAGGGCUUGAUGAGUUCAAGAAUGAAGUCACUUGUAUUACAAAACUUCAGCAUCGGAAUCUUGUGAAACUUCUUGGAUAUUGCAUUCAUCAAAAUGAACUGAUUUUGAUUUAUGAAUACAUGACUAACAAAAGCUCGGACCAGUUUCUCUUUCGUUAGUCACUCUUUCACUUAUUAUCUUUCUUUUUAACUUUAUAUAAUAACACAUAACAUAGUAGUCACCUUUUGGCAGAUGGAACAAGAAGUUUGAUGCUUAAUUGGCCUCAACGAUUCAAUAUAAUACAUGGGAUAGCUCGAGGUAUUCUCUAUCUACAUCAAGAUUCACGCCUCCAAAUUAUUCACAGAGAUCUCAAAGCAGGUAAUAUUUUGCUGGACGGUGAUAUGCAUCCUAAAAUAUCUGACUUCGGCCUUGCUAGAAUGUUUCAAGGACAUAAUACCACUUCUAAGACAAAUAAAGUGGUGGGAACAUAUGGUUACAUUUCUCCAGAGUAUGCAAUAAAUGGACGCUUCUCUAUAAAAUCUGAUGUGUUUAGUUUUGGUGUUCUUGUGUUGGAGAUAAUUUGUGGGAAGAAAAACAAAGAAUUCUCUCAAGGCGACCACAAUGAUAACCUUCUUGGACAUGCAUGGAGACUCUUUAAAGAAGGAAGGUCUAUUGAAUUAAUGAGUGGAUCGUUACAGGACUCACAUGUCGUCUCUGAAGUACUAAGAACGAUACAUGUUGCAUUGUUAUGUGUGCAGCAUCAUGCAGAAGAUAGACCAACGAUGCUGUCAGUGGUACUGAUGCUGGUUAGUGAGGGAACAUUGCCUGAACCUAAACAACCAGCUUUUUUCAAUGAAGAAAGUUUCUGUGAACAUGAAACUCUUCCAUCGGUUGAUAAACGCACAAUAACAUUAUUGUAUGCUCGAUAGUAUGCACACGUGACUAAAAAUCUUGAAAUAAUGAUGUAAUGUUGUGAACUAUCUUUCUUGUUAACAAAUGUAUUUUUUCCGUGUUAUGAAUUUCACGGUGGGUCAGGCUGCUUCGGGUAAAGUGACCAAACACGA